GCUUUCUGAAACAAGGGCGUGGGGGCGACGAAGACGACGAUGACGCGAGCAGAGCACUGGUUUUAAAAGCUUCGAUCGAGUCUCGACCUUCUCCAAUUGGCAAUUGCAUCUCCAGUCUCUUGUUUGAGCAACAAUGGAGCUCGUUUCGAUCCCAUUUCCGACUCUGUUCGUGAGGAUUUCCCUCCUCUGUCAUCAUUUCAAUGCCCUUCUCCGCCUCCUCUUGCCUUCGUCUUGGUACCUGUCGAAACCGACGCCGUUGUCUUCGACUAGUAUCUCUACCGAAAAGGAAGCUUCCUCCGCCACAUCACCUGCCGAACUGAAGCGGGUCUUCCAGAUGUUCGACCGCGACGGCGACGGGCGCAUCAGCAAGCAGGAGCUCUGCGACUCGCUGGAGAACCUAGGCAUCUACAUCGCCGACGCGGAUCUGGAGGCGGUGAUCGAGUGGGUCGACGUGGACGGCGACGGAUGCGUGGACGCGGAGGAGUUCGCGGCGCUGUACCAGGCGGUGAUGGAAAGGGAGGCGGAGGAGGCGGAGAUGCGGGAGGCUUUCGAGGUGUUCGACCAGAACGGGGACGGGUUCAUCGCGGCGGAGGAGCUGCAAACGGUGCUCGACUCGCUCGGGGUGGCGCAGGGGGGGAGGACGGCGGAGGAGGAGUGCAAGCGGAUGAUCAGCAAGGUGGACGUCGACGGCGACGGGAGGGUGAGCUUUGGCGAGUUCAAGCAGAUGAUGAAGCGGGGAGGGAUCGCCGUGGCCGUGAACUCGCAGUAGCCGGCGGCGAUCCGACGAUUUAAUUAAUUAGACGGUCAAUUGUAGAUAAUGGCGAAGAUGAAGAAAUUAAUGGAAAACAAAAAACAAAAAACAAAAAAGAAUUCGUUUGAAAGAGAAGAAAAACGAAAACUUCAUCCUUUUUUCCCCUUCUCGAGUGAAAACUGAGUGUUAAUCUUGUUUGCUUGGCAUUGAAAGCUUAUUUUUGGAACUUCUGUUUCUUUUAUUUUUAAAUUGGAUGUGUAAUUACAGUGUUGAUUUGAAUACAAAGAUUGAUUUUGAAUAAAA